CCAUUAACAACAGAGCAGAGCAAAAUCACACAGAACAGAAAAAAAAAGUUACUUUCGCUUUUCUCUCAAAACACAAAAAAUGUCUGAGCUUGAGAAUCCAGGAGUAAUGCAGAAGCUCAUAGCCUUCUUAUCGGCGUUGCUAGAACGAGUUGCCGAGUCAAAUGAUCUCACCCGGCGAGUCACGACUCAGUCACAGAGUGAUUCCGUGUUCCAUGGACUGAGUCGACCUUCCAUAACGAUUCAGAGCUAUCUAGAGAGGAUUUUCAAAUACGCGAACUGUAGCUCUUCUUGCUUCGUUGUUGCUUAUGUUUAUCUCGACCGUUUCACUCACAGAUCAAUUCCUUCGCUACCGAUCAAUUCCUUUAACGUUCAUCGUCUCCUCAUUACCAGUGUCAUGGUCGCUGCUAAAUUCCUCGAUGAUCUGUACUACAACAAUGCGUAUUAUGCGAAAGUGGGAGGUAUAAGCACGAAAGAGAUGAAUCUUCUGGAGCUAGAUUUCUUAUUCGGGUUAGGUUUUGAUUUAAACGUGACGCCAAACACGUUCCACGCUUACUUCUCUUAUCUUCAAAAGGAAAUGACUCUGCUUCAACCUCUCUCCCUCGUUGUUGUCCCACCAAGAUCAGUCAUUACCUUCAACGACGAUGAAGCUACUCAUCAGAAACAACAACAACUUGCUGUCUGAUUCUCUUUUCAUAUAGUUUUAAAUCAUUUUCGUCCAUUUUAAUGAGUUGUGUAAUUGUGUAGAUGAUGUAGAGAUUAGUCGGCAGGGACUGUUAUCUUGUCUUAAUCAAUCUCGAUUAAGAAAUUUCAAAAUUCAAUAUCAGACGACUUCUCUGGAUAA